ACUGCCCUGUAGCCUGGGCAACAGAGUAAGACCCUUGCUCAAAAAAAAAAAAAAAAAAAAAAAAAAUUACCUUCAUAAGGAAUGAUGGGCUGAAUUUAGAUUGGUGAGGUGCUGAUGGAGAAGAAAGGAUUAUUGGAAAUGGGGGUAGAGGGAAAAAGAAAGGAGCUUGGAAAGGAAGAGGCCAAGUUUCUAGCUUAGAUGAUUGGGAGGGCAGUGGCGCCUUUGAUUAAAAUCAAUGAUACAAUGAGGAGGAGGAGAUUUGGGGAAUUCAGUGAGCUCAGAGUUGCAUUUGCUGAGUUUGAGGUGUCUCAAGCAUCUCAGCUGCAGUGAGGGGUCCAGCAGUCAAUAGGUAGAUGGAACUGAAGUUCAAGGGAGUAGCAAAAGCUGGGAAUACAGAUUCAGAACUCACCAGCCUGGAGACAGUGUGUGAAACCAUGAGAUACCUUGAUACCUCCUAGGGAGAGUUCAUGAAGUGACAAGAAAAAUGGGACCUAACCAGCAUUCCUAGGGACAGGAUCUUGCAGCAACAGAGCAGAAAUCUCCAAGUAGAAAUAGGAGAAUCACCAAAAUACUAUCAUGUGGAGUCAAGGAAAUGCAAGGUACCCAGAAAAAGCAGUAAGCAAAUCCAAUCACAAAGGAGCAGAAACAAACUACACAGUGGAUUUGGCUAUGAGACCAUCUUAGCAGGGAGGUUUUGGCUGCAUGGUUCAGAUUGGAAUGGAGAGGUCAGGAGAGGGAUGGAGGAACUGACUUUGAAAAGGAGGAAGAUCGCCCUAUCAGAAGUUGGAGGGGAAGGAGUGGAGGACGGAAGCCAUUAUUUAUAUGUUUAUAGGGGAAGGAGAGAGGCCAAGUGUUGUGGCCUAAAUUGUUUUUGAAGUAGGGUUCAAGAUACCUGCUGAGAGUGAGUGGAUGAUGAUAGCCUCAGAGACCAUUUAAGGGGAAUUGGAAGGUUAAGACGGGCCACUAGGAAGACGGGUGAGCACCCAGCUGGAUUGAAUGGAUCAGUAGGCUAUUUAGUGGGUCCCAGUUGUUAUAAGUUCCACAUUUUAGAGACUUUUCUCCAGCUGCUCUAGGAGUAGAGAAGGUGGCUUGUAGCACCUUUUCUUUUUCCAGGUUGAGGUUUUAUAGAAGGUGUUACCAAUGCCAAGAUCCUCUGGCUCCCUUGCCUCCAGUUGCCUUGGCUCCUUAAGGAGCCCCAAAGUGACACAAAAGAGACUGCCAUUUUUUUUCUGAGAAAGCUUUGGCUCUUUUAUUAAGUCAUGAUUUCUACCAUGGCAUGAAGACCAGGUCCAACCCUGGAAUUUAAAAGUCCAAGAAACUCUACAGCCUCUUCUCAAUCUCAUGCCUUCCAAUCUCUAGGGCAGGCUACAUAUCAAAAGGGAUUAGAACAGAGGCUACUCUGAUGCUUCUUUUGUCCAGGAAGCUUUGUCUGUCCUUUGCCGUUCCAAAAUCCAUCAUCACCAUAUUAGCCAUUCCCAGACUCCUCAGCAUUGGAAAUCUGGAGUUGGGUGGAUUCUAGGGACCAAGAAAUGGAAUUCUAUGGAAACAUCCACACUCCCUCCCUUUCUUUCCUUAUUUUCCUCCUUGCUGUAACUGGCCCCAAGCUCAAUGGCCUUCAGGAAAAAGCAGAAAUGUUCCAAGAUGAUUAGCUAGGAACACAAGGAACAAUUGAAAAUCCAUUGUGCAAACAACUGCCUGUUUGAUUUUCUCUUUCCUUCCCUUUGGGCAUUGAGCUUCCUUUCAAUUUGUGUUUGGUUUCUGGUAAUAAAUAUAGCACCAGUGCCAUUGAUUUAUUAUGAAGAUUAAAUAUGAGAAAUCGUGGAGGUAAAGUAGUGUCCAGUGUGUUCAGCCUUCAGCACACGGCACUAUUGUUUGUAGGAAGCAUUUGCAGGAUGCUGAGGCACCUGGAAGGGUUUACAUUGUGAGGGGAGGGCCCUUCUUUUACCAUCCUUUGCGUAAAUGGUUUAUCUCACCUCCAUUCAACAAGCCCAGUGUGUGACCUAGAACUCCGAUCAUACCUGUGCACCAAUUGAGGAGAGCCACAUGGGUGGGAAAUUGCAAUAAAAAGCCCACAGCAGGCUGCAUUCCCAUGGUUGGCCCUAGGAGGAGGAACGCUUUGUUCUCACUGGAGCUGCAUGGGAAGUCUGCAUACAGCAGAGUGACCUGCAUGCCUCACCUUAUGGAAAGGAUGGUGGGCUCUGGCCUCCUGUGGCUGGCCUUGGUCUCCUGCAUUCUGACCCAGUCAUCUGCGGUGCAGCAAGGUUAUAGAAACCCCGCUGCAGCCAGUUCCUAUGGGCUGGACUUGGACUGCGGAGCUGACAGCUGUUUUGACCCCUGUCAGAACUACACCCUCCUGGAUGAACCCUUCCGAAGCAUAGAGAACACAGAAAGGGCCCAGGAGUGUGAUAACAACAUGAGCGGCUGGUACCGCUUUGUAGGGGAAGGAGGCGUGAGGAUGCCGGAGACCUGUGUCCCUGUGUACCGAUGCCAGACAGCUGCUCCCAUGUGGCUGAACGGUGCUCACCCUGCCUUUGGGGAUGGCAUUGUCAACCGCACUGCCUGUGCCCACUGGAGUGGCAACUGCUGUCUCUGGAAGACGGAGGUGCUGGUGAAGGCCUGCCCUGGUGGGUACCAUGUGUACUGGUUGGAAGGCACUCCCCAGUGUAAUCUGAGAUACUGUACAGACCCCUCCACUGUGGAGGACAAGUGUGAUAAGGCCUGCCGCCCUGAGGAGGAGUGCCUCGCCUUCAACAGCACCUGGAGCUGUUUCUGCAGACAGAACCUCAACAGCUCUGAAGCCCACAGUUUGCAGCCUCAGCUGGACUGCGGAGCCAGGGAGAUGAAGGUGAAGCUGGACAAAUGUUUGCUGGAAGGCGUGGGUUUGGGGGAGGAGGUCAUUGCCUACCUGAGAGACCCAAACUGCAGCAGCAUCAUACAGACAGAGGAGAGAAACUGGAUAUCUUUGACCAGCCCUGUUCAGGCUGGUGCCUGCAGGAACAUUCUGGAGAGAAAUCAAACCCAUGUCAUCUACAAAAACACCCUCUCCUUGGUCAAUGAUUUCAUCAUCAGAGACACCAUCCUCAACAUCAACUUCCAAUGUGUCUACCCACUGGACAUGAAAGUCAGCCUCCAAGCUGCUUUGCAGCCCCUUGUAAGUUCCUUGAACCUCAGUGUGGGCGGAGAUGGAGAGUUCACUGUCAGGAUGGCCCUCUUCCAAGACCAAAACUACACGAAUCCUUACGAAGGGGUUGCAGUUGAGCUGUCUGUUGAGUCCAUGCUCUAUGUGGGUGCCAUCUUGGAGCAAGGGGACACCUCCCGGUUUAACCUGGUGUUGAGGAACUGCUAUGCCACCCCCACUGAAGACAGAACUGACCCUGUGAAGUAUUUCAUCAUUAGAAACAGCUGCCCAAAUCAACGUGAUUCCACCAUCCACGUGGAGGAGAAUGGGAGGUCCUCCGAAAGCCGGUUCUCAGUUCAGAUGUUCAUGUUUGCUGGACAUUAUGACCUAGUUUUCCUGCAUUGUGAGAUUCAUCUCUGUGAUUCUCUUCAUGAACAAUGCCAGCCUUCUUGCUCAAGAAGUCAAGUCCGCAGUGACGUACUGGCCAUAGACCCAGCCCGGGUUCUAGAUUUGGGACCCAUCACUCGGAGAGGUGCACAGUCUCCCGGUGUCAUGAAUGGAACCCCCGGCACUGCAGGAUUCCUGGUAGCAUGGCCCAUGGUCCUCCUGACUGUUCUCCUGGCUUGGCUGCUCUGAGAGCUCCCCUGAGCACCUGGCCUUGAAGUCUGUGUUCUUCCCUCUGGCAAUGGUUCCCUUCAGCACUUCUGGUUCCCAUUCCAAUUCACACAGUCUUGGUAUUAACAGACUCAAGGCUAGGCUAGGUUUAGGGAAAGGGAAGAGUUUUCACCUUCUUUAAAGCUCUUUAAAAAUGCCUUUGUGUUUCUCUUUUUCUCAUAGUGGGGUUCCUGUCAUUCUGUCCUGGGCUGCCCUUCUCAUUUGUUAAUGAGACCUUGAAAGCAAGCUUGCUAGGUGCCCUCUGUGGCUCCAGCCUUUACUGGAAGUGUGGCACAUGUUUUUAGCUCCAGGGAAGAGGUAUCCUGUCACUGGGGUAUGGGACAAGCAUGCAGAAGAGGCACCAGCCAUGACUCCUUUCUAAACAUCUACUGUUCUGACUGCUCAUGAAUUGAAGACUGACCCUUGCUUUCACUCUGCUUCCUCUGAUGAGUUUCUAUCAUGGUUUCCCAAAAAUCGUCAUAGGAACAUCUCUAAGGGCCACUUUAGGAGGCUCUGCUCCAGGAAAAACUAGUCCCCAUCCCUCCCCUAUCCCCUGCCAUGCUGGAGACAUGCUGUGACUUAGAGAACCAUGCAAACAUCCUUGGGACCUGGAUGCUGGAGGAAUGAACUUGACUUUGAUGCAGAAACUCCAUCACCCAAGGGAACACCUCUUGCUGUAAACAGUGCUGUGCUUGCUCGGAAGGAUUAAGCAGGGAGUCCCAACAGAAGUAAUGCACCAGUCCUGCUAUGGAAAUGUAACUGCAAAGCCUCGGAGAUUGGUGAAGUCCCUUUCUGGAGACCUUUGAAAUGAGUAUUUCAAAGCACUCCACAAAGAUGCAACAAAUAGGGCAUCAUACAUACACAGGCAUUAAUACUCAUGGCAUAUAGAUACCGACAUGUGUACCCUGACUUAUGCCCUUCCCACAGCUACAGAUAAGGCCUCGCAAAGCUGACCUCAGGGGACACAUCAGGAGCCAAGGUGGACCAGCAGGCACCAAGCCUGUGUAUCUCCUUGGAGGAUAUGUUUCAAUGUGCUGUGUUGUUCAGAGAUGUUGUGGUUGCAGGAAACAGGAACCCACUAUAAUUUCUCAGGCCAAAGGGGAGUUAAUUAUAAGGACAUAGGAGCACAAAGUUCAAGUGCAAGAGAUACAUAAAUGCUGCACAAACUCUAGGAGUGAGGCCUGGCGAGCCAAAAGAAACCAAAGUUUGUCUUUCCUUUAGUCCCUCUUCUGGAAGUCACAUAGCUUUUUAUGACUGCAUAUCUUUGCUUCUCCUUUGUUUUCCUUUUCUGUCUCUGAAGCUAGCUUUUCCUGUUCACUUAUCCCUUGAUUAAAUAUGGACAUUCCAGCUUCACAU